UAAUUGCCCUUUUCUAUAGAAAAUCUCGUAUAUAAACCAGAAAAACCUCAACCGUUCAUUCAAGUCUCCAAACAUGAAGUUCUUGUUAGUUUUCCUAAGUGUUGCAAUCCUUUGCACUUUUGCCAUGGAUGAAUCUUUCCUCCAACAAACCCGAGACAGAGUCAAAGCCAUUGUGAAAGAAUGUGUCACCGAAGAAAAAGCAACUGAUAGCGAUUUUGACGACAUAAUGGCGUUAAAAAUCCCCACAAGUCACGAAGGAAAGUGUGUGUUUUUCUGUUCACAUAAAAAAUUCAACAUGCAACACCCUGACGGUUCAAUUAACAAAGAGGGGGCUUUGGACACUUUCGAAGUCGUAAAAGACGUUGAUGCGGAAUUUCACGAUAAAGUCAUCACUGUUUACAACCACUGUCUUUCAACUCCCGUGGACCCAGACCCUUGUGUCUACUCCGUAAACUUAUUUCAGUGUUUCAUGAAAGAAGCCAAAGCUGCCGGAAUUCAUGAACUCAUCAUUAAAUAAGUCACAACACCUGAUACGGACCCAAACAUUGUUGUAAUUAAAGUUUAGAAAUAAAUUGAUGCAUUGAA